GCCUCGGCUCUGCUGCGCAUGCUCGCUCCGUGACCCCGGCCUGAGGUGACGGCCCGACCCCAGGCGGGCGCCCGUCGUCCAGCACUGAGGCCGAGGGACCGGCCACGGCUCUGGCGCCGCACGGGCUGGCCCACGGACUCAGCAGUUUCCUGGCUGGAGAGGACAAGGAGCAGCCCGCCCGCCAGGGGCCCGAGGGACGGGUGCUCGGAGCCGGCAUGCCCCUCCCCGAGGCCUGCGAGCAGGAGGCUGCGGCCGUGACUGCUGGCCGGGAGCUGUCCACAAGGCCGGGCACGGACAUGGUCUCUGCUGGCCCUCGGAAGCCCCGGAAGUUCUCCAAACUGGUCCUGCUGACGGCCUCCAAGGACAGUGCCAAAGUGGCAGGGGCCAAGCGCCGAGGCGUGCACUGCAUCAUGUCGCUGGGGGUGCCAGGCUCAGCCACCCUGGCCAAAGCUCUCCUCAUGACCCACCCCGAGGCCCAGCGUGCCCUCGAGGGGCCCCCCGAGGAGCCCGAGCAGAAACGCUGCAAGCCUGCUCUGGACGCAGAUGCCCAGGAAGCUGUCCAGCUCUCUCUGGACCCUCCCACGGGGGAUGGGGAGGGGGCCACGCCGCACCCCGCUGCCCGGGACCUGGACCCAGUGCCUGAGCAGGAGGCGGCCGCGUGCCCCUGAACCCCUGAGCCCCUGAGCCCCUGAGCACUCACCCACAGCACAGCCUUUGCUUUCAGUGUCCUGUCAUUUCUUUGUUUAGAUGCAGCCCAUUACUUUUGUAAGCAGAAAGUCUCAGAGAAUAAAGGAACUGUGCGAGAUGGCA